AUGGAGUUUCAGCAGCUAAGGCAAGAUAUAAUGAGUGUUGUGGAGUACAUGGAGAAAUUUAAGAGACUGUGUAAGUUUUCCACCGUGUAUAAGGCUAAUCCAUACGAAAAGUGGAAAUGCAUUACGUAUCAAGGAGGGCUUAGAGCAGAAGUCCUAAUUGCAAUAGCCCCACUGGAGAUCCAGGAUUUCUCCUCCCUUGUUAGCAAGUGCCAAGUGGUCGAAGAGUGCACCAAGAAACUAGUAUCGGAAAGACCACUGAUAGGAAGCAAAACUCAACAAGACACGAAUUACCAGAAAAUUUCCACCGACAUCCCACAAAAGACCACUGAGCUUAAGGAUUGUACUUCAUGUGGGAAACAACAUAGGGUUCCUUCACUCCCUGCCGCUCUACCACAGCACCAAGGGCCAGUUGCCCUCAACAGUGAAGAAGCCUACGAAUCUGAAGAUUGA